UUGCUGGUAUGUUUUUAGAUAAGAUUAUGACUUAAACAACUACACAAUGGGUCAAAAUCAAGGAAAAGAGGGAGGCCACAAGGUGAAGAGUGGAAAGACCAUUAAAGAAAAACAUAAACAUACUGCUACAAUAUCACAAAGGACAUUUUCAACAGGCUCUCAAGUUAUAACAGACUCUGAAAAUGGAGGCUUUACCUUGCCGUGGGAUUUGCGAGGAGGAAAUCAAGAAAAUAGUAAUCAAGUUGGUGAAAACAAUACAAAUCAUGACUUUAUGAAAAACAGACCUUUGCCAACAUUACCACCUGAAGAAGGUGGAAUUGCACCUGCAAGUUUUGACAUUGACUCUAUUGAUGAUUCGGAAAUGUUUUUUGUUCAAUACGACUUUGAUGCUGGUUCAAAUGAAAAUCAGUUAUCGGUUUCUAAAGGAGAACUUAUUCGUAUUAUAAGUUAUGACGACUCUAAAGUGUGGUGUGAGGGACAAAAUAAAAAUGGUAAAAUAGGUUGGCUGCCAUAUUCAUAUGUCGUUUCUUAUACUAGUUUACAUAAGUUUGACUGGUAUCAUGGCAGAAUAUCCAGAAACAGGGCGGAAUAUCUAUUAAAUAGUGGAAUUAAUGGUAGUUUUUUGAUGAGGGAGAGUGAAAGUGCAGUAGGUCAACAUUCAUUAUCGCUACGCUACGAUGGUCGCGUUUAUCAUUACCGUGUUUAUUUCGACGACGAUGACAAGGUUUAUGUGAGGGAAGAAGCUAAGUUUAAUACAUUGGAAGAACUUGUCGCCUAUCAUUCUGAUGAACCUGGAGGACUUGUAACUAACCUAAGAUAUGCUGCACUUAAAAUUGACAAACCUCCAGUGUAUGGCUUCUCUCCCACUGAGGAUGAGUGGGAAAUUCCUAGAAUGGAUAUAUUUAUGGGUCAGAAACUUGGUGGUGGUCAAUAUGGAGAGGUUUAUAAAGCUGAGUACAAAAAAUAUGGUGUUACUGUUGCUGUGAAAACUCUGAAGGAAUCUCAAACAGAUGUAGAAGAAUUUUUGAAGGAGGCUGACGUGAUGAAACAAAUAAAAGAUGACAACCUUGUCAAGCUCAUUGGUGUUUGUACAAGAGAAAGUCCAAUUUACAUAGUGACUGAGUACAUGCCACUUGGUAAUUUGUUGGAAUACUUGCGUCAGGCUGAAAAGGCUGACUUGCCAGCUACAACUUUACUUUAUAUGGCUUCCCAAGUGUCUUCAGCUAUGAAGUACCUAGAAGAUCGAAAUUUUAUUCAUCGUGACUUGGCCGCAAGAAAUUGUUUAGUUGGUGAACAUCACUUAAUAAAGGUUGCAGAUUUUGGAUUGGCCCGUUCCAUGCAGUACGAUUAUUACAAAGCACAUUCCGGUGCCAAAUUUCCAAUCAAAUGGACAAGUCCAGAAGCACUUGCAUAUAACAAAUUUUCAACUAAAUCAGAUGUGUGGGCGUUUGGUAUUUUGUUGUGGGAGAUAGCAACAUAUGGAAUGUCACCAUAUCCUGGUCGUGAUUUGAAUCAAGUGUAUGGGUUAAUUGAGCAAGGUUAUAGAAUGGAAUGUCCAGAAGGGUGUCCUGAUCCAGUUUACAAAUUAAUGUUGGACUGUUGGCAAUGGAAUGCAGCUGAUAGACCAACAUUUCAAGUGAUCCGGCAUCGUCUUGAUUACAUGUUUGAUACAAAAAAUGUAGACGAAGAGAUUGAAAGAGCUUUGAAAACACGUCCUCUUUCAAUGCACUUAAGUGAUAUUGAGGGCAUGAUUCUACCACCUAAGCCACCAAAACGAGGACAACCAAAUGACAAACCAGAUGCUUCAAAAUUGUCUCAAAGAGACUUGCCCCCUCCAUCAGGUAAACCAUGUCUGCCGCCACCAAGAGCACCAGCGACACGACCUAACCAAACAGAAAACAAAAAGAAAGAACGUGAACCAAAAGAAAAGAAACCGCUUAUUCCAAUGUCAAUGAAAGCAAAGAAAAAUAAAUCAAAAGAAAAAGAUGAAAAAGAUUAUUCUACAGCCAUAAAUUCUGAUCAUGUCAAUAAAGUGACUACUAGUGCCCAUACAACAAUAGACAACGGAAAUACAAAAAUAUCUUUGAAUGAACUUCAAGGUGGCCUUCAGAAAGUACUUACAAAGAAAAAGCAGAUAGCAAGCAAUGAAAAUUUAGUUAACGUAGCUAACCAUGCACUGAAGAAUGAGCGAAGAGGAAGUCUGUCUGUCAACAAACCUCCUCCGCCCCCAAAGCCUAAGUUGGACAAUGAGAAUGACCGUUCUGUACACAACGAUUUAAUUAAAAAACCAAAAAAGCCACCCCUGCCAUAUCGCCCAGCCACGCCUUCAAAACCAACCAUUGAGCUGCAAGAAGUAGAGGAGAAAACUAGCACCCUAAAGCCAACAUUACCAGCAAAGCCUGUGCUUAAACCAAGGCCCAGUAAAAUAACUCGCAAUUCUUCACCUGUACCACCCCCAAGUGUUGAUUUGAAUAUAGAUGAUUUUUUAGAAUUUUCUACAAAAAAUCUAAAGCCCGAAUUAGUUCCAAUUUCAGAAAAUAUGCAACAGGUUUACAAAUCUAUCAGUAACCUUAUAACACUGGCUGAUUCAAGACAGUCUGAAAAUAUUGGGGUAAAAAUUGAAAGUGCUACAAAAGAGUGCAUGAGUUUAGUUGAUGGAUUGUCACAAUACCGUGACUCGAUUGGCCCUGUUACAAGAAUGAAAGUAAACAAACAUCUGAAUACCAUUGAAAAUCAUGUGAAUGAUUUUUGCAACUUAUCUAGGAAUUUUCCACGUAUUGCAACGGCUACUGAUCUGGAAAAGCUUAGUAAAACUCUUUGUAUUUUAUGCCAAAGCUUAGAGUUGUUAAGUUCUUCGCUUCCAAAUUUAUGAUGAAUUAAUUGUGUUUAUAAUAAUGUUUUUAUAAAUGUUUGUAUUGUAUAUAAUUAUUACAUGGAGCAAACCUCAUUUCAGACUAUAUCAUAAAUUUACAUGUUAUUAUGUAAUUUAAUUUAUGUAAGUCUAUUUGAAGCUACAUGGAAUUUGUACAGUUUGGGAAACUCACCUAUUUCACACCACAAUCAAGAAAAACAACAUUGAAUAGCUCUUUGUACAUUAUUGUAUAGUUGAAAAAAAGUUUAGGAAAUUUAAGUUAAGAAUUCUGUAGAAAUGUUUCCUGUCAUUUUUCUUAAAUUUGUUUUAUCUAGAAAGUACAUAAAUUGUCAUAUACCCAAGAUAAUUUAAUUAGCUAAAGUAAAAUUCAGAUUUUAGUUGUUCUGUCCCCGAAAUUUUGUUGACCAACUGUUUUAUCCAGAAGGUAUAGUAAUCACUGCAAUUAAUCUUUUACUUAAUUUGAUACUACAUGAUAAUACGUUACACACUAGCAAUCCAUUAUUAAUUCUACCUUGUUUUCAAUUUUUCAAUUUUUUAGCUAUCAUGAAGGAUGGGUUAGAGGCCAACAUGAAGCUGUGUGUAGAGUGCUAUCAGGUUUUUAAAUAGAGAUAAACGAUUUAGUACUAAUUAAUCAGUAAUUUGUUGAACAAAACGAAACAUUGGACGCUUGAUUUAGCGUACAUGUUACAUAACCUAAAACGAUACCUAACAGUUGUUUUAAAGUUCUCCUAGAAAAACUUAACCUAAGAUGUUUGUUGUAAUCUUUGACAAUUGCCAAACUUUUUCACUUGUUCUUGGAAAAGUAUGUACUUUUACUGAGAUAUGCAUGUACAUUCAUUUGAUUUUUUAAAAAGUGCAUUUCAAGUAAAUUGUAUCCCUAAGUUUAUAGAGAUAUGAUACAUAAUCCCUGAAUUGUAAAUAAGAAAUUCAUUUCCUUUAUCUCUUUUAUAUUAGGCGAAAGUCAUUUUUUUAGUUCAAUCUUAUAUGUUUUAAGUUUUGUAUCUGAAAUACAUUACACUCAAAAGUGCUUACUGUUUCAUUCCACAGUUAUUAGGCGAAUCAUGACCUGGUGGGAGCGUUCUAAUGAAUUGAAACUCUGUGUAAGCACUUCAUGUUGCGUGUUAUGUAUUUGUGUCUGUAAGAAAAAAAAGUUUGUUGAAAAAAUAAAAGAAACUUAAAUUCUGAUGUGUUAGAUGUGUUUGUAUAUAAUAUAAAGUCCUAUAUUUUGUAAAUGCAAAUGUACAACGUUACUUUUAUAGAGUUCCUAAGAAUAGAUUAUAACGACACAGUUGUUA